AACGGAAUUGCGCAAUAACCAGGAAGUGAAGGUCGUGACAAACAUGGCGGCGCUCUGUGUGAUGAAGUCUGUAAGGACAGCGCUCGGUGCCGUUCAUUGUGCUAUUAACAACAGUUUAACACCGAGGAUAUUAAGUGGACCCCAGCUGUCGUUUUUUGGCUGCACGUCGGUUCGUGGUAUCCGGCAAGUGGUGGAGAAGCAGGAGGGGAAAACUACAGUGAUUGAGGGUCUAACAGUGGCGGCACCCGAGAGCCCGCAACCUCCUAACCCAAAUGCUAAGUGCCCAAUUUACCGAUGGAACCUUCAGAACAAGUACACAUACACAGAUGUUUUAUUACUGAGUCAGUUCAUUCGUUCAGAUGGAGGGAUGUUGCCAAGACGCAUCACUGGCCUCUGUGCUCAAGAACACCGCAAGAUUGCCAUAUGUGUGCAGAUGGCCCAUCGAGCAGGUCUCCUCCCAGACCACAGACCGCAUCUUCCUGAAGGCCACGUACCAAAGCCCAAACCCAACCCCCCACUCAACAGGUACCUGACUCGUUACUCUGUGAAAUCAGUGAAGCCCAUCUAUAGGAAAGGAAUGAAGUGGUGUAAGAAUCGUAUGCCUGUGGGACAUCCAGCCCUCAAGGACAACAUCAGAUACAGCCCUAAGCCACUCUACACAAAGCAUUGACGCAUUUCCAGACACAACAAUGAAGGCGUCAGUGUAAUCAGGACAGCUGGAACGUACAGAGAUCUGCAAAGUGAUAAUUAUUGUUUUUCAUGGCCACGACAUGCUGCUUUUGAUGCUGCACAGGCUGCUUGUUCACACAGAGACGUAACAGAAUUUCUUUAAACCUUGAGAACUGAAUUUGACAUAAGACUUCACUGGAAAAGAGUGCAUCAUACACAACACACUUUUUUUUUGUCUUUAAUAUGUCCUCAUAGUCACCUCAGUUACUGUUACAGAUUCUGUGUCUGUAGGAAGCUGGCCCUAGCUUCCCGAACUACAAAUGCUCCAAAUAAAAAUCGGUUUUAUGUACCGCA